AUGGCCGCUCUCGCGGCCGCGGCGCGCGCCUCGCCUCUCGCCGCGCCGUCGCGCCGCGCGCGUCAUCGCCGCGAUCACAUCCGCGCGCGCGCGUCGCCCCCGACGUCGCCGAGCGUCGUCGACGACGCCGACGCCGACGCCGUCGUCGUCGCCGAUCCGUUCGUCGUCUUCGAGAACGAUGAUGUGCUCUGCGUGCACAAGCCCGCGGGCGCGUCGUUCCACGGCGACGACCUCGCGACGCGCCGCCCGGGGGUCCUCGCGAGGAUACGUCAGCUCCAAGCGUCCGGGACGCUGCGCGGGAGCGACUACGACGGGCCGCUGCACAGCGUCCAUCGACUGGACAAGGUCACGAGCGGCGCGCUUCUCUUCGCGAAGCGUCCGGACGUCGCCGCCGCGCUCGGCGCCGCGUUCGCGAGCAGGAGGGUGCACAAGUACUACGUCGCGCUGAGCGCGCGGCGACCGUCGAAGAAGAUGGGUACCGUGCGCGGGGUCAUGGCGAGGUCGCGGCGGGGGACGUGGAAGCUCACCAGGGACGAGCGCCGCGGCGGCGGCGGCGCGGCGGCGGCGGCGGAGACUCGGUUCGUCGGCCGCGGCAUCGUCGGUCACGGCGAAUCCAAGCGCCCGCUGCGGCUGAUCGUGUUCCGGCCGCUCACGGGGAAGACGCACCAGCUCCGCGUCGCGGCGAAGUCGUUGGGGUCGCCCGUGUUGGGCGACGCCGCGUACGCGGGGAAAGACGCCGCCGCGAGCGAGGAUCGCGCGUACCUCCACGCCGCGGCGCUGCGGUUCGCGUUGAACGGCGAGGUCGUCGCCGUGACAUGUAAGCCGACCGAAGGCGCCGAGUGGAGGAGUCCCGCGGACGGCGGCGGCGGCGGCGGCGACGUCGGCGGCUUCGACCUCGCGUGGCGCGAGCUCGGGUUCGACGCUCUGCUCGACGACCCGAGCGGGGUGUGGUUCGAGGGACACGACGCGCUGCGGUCGUCGGGGGCGGAGUUGCUGGAGGGUUGA